CGCUGGUCCUGCGGGCUAAGCUCCAGCUUCCCAGCAUGCCGGCUGUUUUUGACCUCUGACCUAAGAUGGCGUCGCCCAGGAAGACGGAGGAGACGUGCUGAGGUUGGAGAGAGGGAAAGAUAAACCCAGAACCUGAAUUACCAUGUCGAAGGUCUCCCGUGCUGCCAAAGCAGUACAGAAAGUGGACCCUGCAGGUGUGAUCCGGACUAUCAUUCGAGCAGGGCAAGCUGUUCCAGGACCACCCUUAGGGCCUACCCUAGGGCAGAGAGGCAUCCCCAUCUCUCAGUUUUGCAAGGAUUUCAAUGAGCGAACGAAAGACAUCAAAGAGGGGAUUCCACUGCCCACGCGCAUUACUGUGCAGUCCAACAGAACAUACGAGAUCCAGAUUAACAAGCCCACGGCCACCUAUUUUCUGCUGUCAGCAGCUGGGGUCGAAAAAGGUGCAACAAACCCUGGGCACGAAGUAGCUGGGAUGGUGACUCUGAAGCACCUGUAUGAAAUCGCCUUGGUGAAGUCUCAGGACCCCUCUUUUGUAUUGAAUGACUCGACGCUCGAGGAAGUCAUCAAAUCCCUUCUAGGAACUGCCCGAUCGUUGGGCAUCAAGGUGGUGAAAGAGCUCAGUGCAGAAGAAUACGGCGUCUUCCUGAAGGAGCGCGAAGAGAGGUUGGCAGCAGAGGCCGCAGAAAGAGAGGCAGAGCUGGCUGCGGGGAAAAAGAAAUGAGUCCCUACGCUUGCUUUCUGAGAGUCAAAAAUCAUGGACAACUUGAUGGGGGCAGGGUUGCCAAGACCGGUUUGUUCCUAUUUCAUGGGUACCAAAAAUGAAGGACUUCUUGAUGACCAGAUAAGUGGUUUCUCACAGACGUGAUGAGGGAAGAAGAAAGGCAUUGGCCCUGGGAAGCCAAGCUCUUGGCAGGGCCUGCCCAAGAUCGUAAGUCUCGAUGUACUGACUGGCUGUCCCUUUCAUUAAAAGCUCAUGAAUUUC